AUGGGUAGGGAAGAAGAUAAUGAGCCCGUUCAGGGAAGUCCAAAUUCAAAUAGGGGUGGUUACAAGCCUGAUGAGUUAGUUAAUAAUAGGGGGAAUGUAGAGAUCCUCAGAAGACUGUUUUGGAGGGUUCAAAGAUGGAUUUUGCAGCAGUUCAAUUUGGAUCUAAUGGGGUACAAAGUUUAUAGCAAAUCUAAUAAGAAGAAUAAGAGAGGUGAAUCGGAGAAGGGUUUCUCAGCAGUUGAAUUUUCAAUGGAUAAAGACGAAAUGGAAUUAACUUGGCAGGAAGAGAAGUUGGGAAAAUAUAUGAAUGAAAAUUCAAUUGCGUGGUUCAGGGAAUUUCUGUUUCAAGCAAGUCUGAUGGAUCUGUCUUUGGUGGGAGGGAGUUUCAAUUGGGGUAAUAAUAGGGAAGACCCUACGUUCGUGAGGCUGGAUAGGUUUCUUGUUUCGGACGACUUUUUAGGAUUAUUCCCGGAUGUUGUUCAGUUGUUAUUACCUAAAUCAAUUUCAGACCAUAAUGCUAUGGCUUUGGAAUCCAGUAAGUUAAAUUGGGGUCCUAAACCCUUCAGACUGUUUAAUUAUAUCAUGGAGGAGGAGAGAUUCAAGGAAACAGUGGAAAAGAAAAUUUCUGAAGUUAAGAGUAGGAAGGGGCUGAGCAUUGAGCAGAUACUUAGAGAAACAAAGAUGAAAAUCAGGAAUUGGUCUAAUGAAAGAAGAAUGCAACUACAAAGAUUGAUAGACAACAAAGAGAGGCUAUUCUCGAAUCAAGAAAUUCAACUACAACAAAGGAAUUCAUUCGUUUCUAUGAACGCUUAUAAUGCCAUUGCGACGGUUGAAUUUGAGAAGCUGGAAUUGAAUUUCAAUAGGCUCUCGGACGAUCAAGUUGUACAUUUGGAGGAGAAUUUUUCGGAGGGGGAAGUUUGGGAGGCAAUAGAGUCUUCGGAUAGUAACAAAGCUCCGAGUUCGGAUGGAUUGGAUAUGGGAUUUUUCAAGAAAUUUUGGCCGGUAUUGAAAGGAGAUACCCAUAAGUUUUUCGAGGAUUUUUAUGAUGGAAAGAAGUUAGGGAAAGGUGUCAAUCAUUCUUUCAUUACUUUAAUUCUGAAAAAGCAGAAUCCGAUUGGUAUUGAGGAUUACAGACCAAUCAGUUUAGUAGGGGGUCUUUACAAAAUACUGUCUAAAUUUCUGUCUAGUACGCUAAGGCUGUGCAUAGGAGGGCUAAUUGGUCAAUCUCAGUUUGCUUUCAUCCCGGGAAGACAGAUUUAUGACUUGAUUAUUUUUUGCAAAGCAUCUAAAGGACAAUUGGCAAAUUUGAAGAGGGUUCUAGUUGUUUUUGAGAUGUGCACAGGGCUACAGCUGAAUUUAGUGAAUAGCAGAAUUUUUGGUAUCAAUUUACAAGAUCAGAUUAUUGGGGAGUGGGCAAAAUCUAUUGGCUGUAAAUUAUCUACUCUAUCCAUAGCAGGUAGGACAGUUUUGAUAAAAUCUGUCCUGAAUGCACUCCCUAAUUAUUAUAUGUCACUUUUCAAAUUGCCAGUGGUUGUGAGGAAGAAACUGAAAUCUAUUAUGGCCAACUUUUUGUGGGGUUCUUCGGCUGAGAAGAAGAGGUUUCACUGGGUUAAUUGGAAUACUAUUUGCAAAAAUAAAGAGCUGGGGGAAUUGGGAAUUUCGGAUCUGAAGCUAAGAAAUAGAGCUUUAUUGGGCAAAUGGGUGGGAAAAGGAGAUUCAAUUACAUUUUGGCAUGAUUCAUUGAUUUCUAACUAUUCUUUGAAGAGUAUGUUUCCAAGAAUCUUUGCACCUAAGGAAGGGGUUGUGGCUGAUUUUGGGUGUAUGUCUAAUGGGAAGUUGACGUGGGAUUUACAACUUAGGAGGAACUUAAUGGAUAGUGAGUUUGAACAUUGGAUGGAAAUGAUGGUAUUGUUGGAUAAUUUUCAACCUCUGUUGAAGGGUGGAGACUGUUUGGCGUGGAAAGGUAGUGGGGAUGAUGUGUUCUCGGUUCAAUCUUGCUCUAGAUUGGUGUCAAGUUUAUCAGACUCAGAUAAUUCAUGGUUGGAGAUUGUGUGGAGGGGUUUAGUUACACCAAAAGUGGAGAUUUUCCUUUGGCAAAUUAUUAAUCAGAAGCUGGAUGUCAAAACUAUUUUAAUGAGUAGGGAAGUCAAAAUUAUCGAUUCCCCCUAUGUGUGUUCUGUGGUGUGGAACCAGAAUCGGAACCAGAUUGUUUUCGAGAAAGGCAAGUUCGAUAAAGCUAAUUUGUUUUUCUUGGUGAGGUAUAGGGUGGCAUCAUGGUUUUUAGCUAAAAACAAGGAUGUGUCUAUCCAAGUGGACAACCUUGUGGGAGAUAUUUCUUUGGCGGAUUUUCAUAAGUCCCCCUCCAACUUUCGAUUGUCAAGAUUAAAAUGGUGUCCUCCUCCUACAGGGUAUUUUAAGAUGAAUGUUGAUGGGGCUGUUAACUUUGAUUGGAGAAGAAGUGGUAUUGGUGGAGUUCUUAAAGAUGCUGAUAAAAACAAGUUGGUUUCCUUCUCUAGAGCAUUAGGACCUUGUUCUCCUAUUCUUGCUGAGAUUUUUGCUAUUAAAGUGGGGUUAGCAAUGUUUUUUGAGUCAGUUUGGAGGGAUAAAGGUAUUCUGAUUUUGGAAAGUGACUCAUUCCUUGCUGUGAAUUGGAUCAAUAGCCCGGAAAUUUGUUCGGUUCACCUUGUUGAUUUGAUCUCAGAAAUUCAGAAGACAAUUGUUCAGUCUAAUAUUAUUAUUAAGCAUAUCAGUAGAUGUAUUAAUGUGGAAGUUGAUUGUCUAGCUAAGUCAGGAAUUGGUUAG